AUUUUUAACUUUGUACACCCCAGUCCAACACCGGCAUCUCCAAAUCAUGACUAUUCAGGACUGAGAAGUCAUAUUAACUCUGUCUAGCCACACAAACUGCAAGAGUUUCUCUCACACUUCCGGACUUUAAAAAAAAACCUUCAUCUGAGAGUCUGCUUGGGUUUGGGAGCUGCAAGGAGAUUCUCCUGAUCACCCGCCACAGUUUGUUUGUCGAGCAUCCAGGACUGCAGGAGGCAGCACCGGACAUGCCGUUAGCAAAUCUGCCGAACAUUGACAGCUGGGAGGUACCUCCUGAGCUUUCAGGAACUUCUUGGCAAACGGUGAGCCUGUGACUGUACAGGACAGUUGUUAUUUUUUUCACGUUGCAUUUGCCGAGGAUAACCUUUGGCGUUCUCAGUGCGAUGUCUGAAGUGAUCAGAUAGCCCAUGGGAUGGUCGCUGAAGUAAAUGGAAUGUUGACCCAGAUUGAGAGACAAAUGGAUACUUUGUGAAUUGUAACAACUUUGUGACCAGCAGCGGGCCGAGAGCUAUCCAUCAGAUGGGAAAAAGAAAUCCAGCCGAGUUAGGCGUCUGCGGCGAGAUAAGUUCCUAUAAAGAAGUACCAGUCUACAUGAAGUGGGAAAUGUCAUAAGUCUUUAGCUCUUCUGGUAAACACAUAAUCUGGAUUACCAGUUCAGUGGCAAAGUAAUGGUUCUCGUUGCUGACCAUUGUGCGUAGAGAUCUAGUGAUCUCUCUGGUGUGAACGUCCCCUUUCUCAUCUGCAAUGUCAAGGUGAUCUCCAGGUGUAUUAAUGUCAACAAACAAGAUGGUGGAAAUAUUAUGAUUGACUUUCACAAAGUCACAGGAUUUCUUAGCAGCAGCAGCAGUCUAUUCAGUCCGUCAAGCCUGUUUCAUCGUUCUAUCAUAUAAUUGCUGACCUGAUUGUGGCCUUAAUCUGUUCCCUCCAUAUCCCUUGACUCUGUCUAACUUGGCCUUGAAUGUAUUAAUUGCUCCAGCCUGCAUUGCUCUUUGUGGAAGGGAAGUGUUGACAGGAGAAAUAAGCAAGAACAUUCUGUGACAUUCGUCCAGAUGGUGUCAUCUGGCAUGUGAGCGCUGUAUUUCGUGGGAAAGCAUCAUGGUUCCUCAUCUGCUAUCUAUUUGGGUAAUAACCUGGUGGUGACAGGAGCGUUAUGCAAAAGGGAAUUGGCCAACCUGUGUGGAGGCAGCUCUCCCAGUCCAAAGCAGCACCACUGGAACGAUACAAGCAUGGCUGUUGCAUCUACGAGGGAUACAUGUAUCUUUAUGGUGGUCGGAGGCAAACUGGGAUGAGAGAUUUUUGGAGGUACAACAUUGCUCAGAAUGACUGGGAGGAGUUGGACAGGGCAGCUGGAACUGCACCAGAAGAGUUGGAGGAGCCCUCGUUGGUAGCCCAUGAAGGAAUGAUCUAUGUGUUUGGUGGAAUGAUGGACUCUGCAUAUACCCAAGGGAGAACACCUCUCUGGAUCUACGAUAUUGAUGGUGAGAGAUGGACUUGGUGGCACCAGACAUUUUCAAGUGAAGUCAUGAAACAGGUGCCCAAAAAUAGGAAGGGCCACACUGCUGUGGUGUUUGAGGCUCAAAUGUAUGUAUAUGGUGGUUAUGUCGAUAUAAAGGGACCCUCACAGGAGUUCUGGAGCUUUAGCUUUGUUGCCAAAGAUUGGUGCCCAGUGUUUACUCCUUGUGGGGACGUAGGUCCGGGACCUCGGUACAGUCACUCUGCAGCUGUCUACAAGAGAGGAAUGUACUUGUUUGGUGGACUGGUUGGCCUUGUCGAACAGAAUGACUUUUGGAAGUGGGACUUCAGCAGUUGCAUAUGGUCCAGGAUCAGAGCACGGUCUGGGCCUCACCAGUUAGUGGGUCAUUCAGCUGUCGUAUACCAGGACAACAUGUUAAUCUUUGGUGGAGGAAGGAACCACAACAACUCUGACAACAGCCUGUGGAAAUUCCAGUUGAAAACACAGACCUGGGAGAGAUUAAACCCAGCAACCGACACAAGCCCGCCUUCAAAAAUCUAUCACUGUACAGUCGGAGUUGGUCCUAGCUUCCAGGAGAAACCUGUUGAUGAAAUCUCCUGCACAGCAUCGACCCCAAGCUUCAUCUGCCCGGAUAGUAGCAUCAGCCUGCACAAUGCACACAAUGGGGAGCGCCUGGCUGCCCUAAAAGGAGCCUGCUGCUUGAAUUUUUCCACACAGGCACCCGGUUACUGCAGCCCAUCGCCAGUCAAGGUCAGGGAAAAAAACAUUUAUUCGAACAUAGAGAUGAAAACAUUUAGUAUGCGGUCUUCUGAAAGCAGUGAAAACCUUCUGAGUCUGGCUGCACCCGAACCUACUGAUCCUGAGGGUGAGUGGCGUUCAAAUAAUGGGCUCUGCUUUCCAAUUCAGCCGAAGGAGCUGCCUCCUACAGAUGGCAGUACCCUGGAGUAUCGCGAAGACAGUGCUCUGCGAGAAUCCGGGACACCCUGUCUUGACCAAGGUGAUGUAACACUCCACACGAGCAAAAGCCUCCCAGAAGUCCUCUUGAUUGUAGGUGGAAAGCCAUUAUCUGAGAAUGGCUGCAUUUCAUUAUGGCAGAUGAAGCUUUGUGAAAUGUUUUUAAAGUGCUAGUUCUUUUAAAAAAAACCCUUGCUUGUGAAAUGUUUUUAAAGUGCUAGUUCUUUUAAAAAAAACCUUGCAAGUUACCUUAUUAUUGUUUUCAUCAAAGAAUUAAUUAACAUUUUUGUUUCAGGGCACACUUAGUCAUCAAGAGAUGCAACAUUGAGAGCUUUAUUUGUACGUUUUUGCCAUUGUGGUGAUUUGCUAAUUCAGAACAAACAUUUUCUAAAGAGUCGUUAUAUUUUUAUAGAUUUUAUAUAGAAUUUGACUCUUAUAAGCUAGAAUGUGCAAACAGACAAAUUUGCGCAUUUUUUUUAUCAAACUUUGUAUGUAUCAGAAUAAUUCCUGAUAUGAAUCUGACAAAUAUGCAGAAUGUGUUUGUAGAUUUUGACAUGCAAACAGAGUGGAAAGUGCAUCCAUUAAAUACUCACAAUGGUCUUCCAUUUAUACUGAGCACCGAUGGUUAGAAUUGGGAAUUCCUGCAGGUUUGCAUAAAAGACCUGACUGAUGUUGAAGCUGUGAUUAAGAUUAUUUUAGUGGAAUUGUGCAAGUGUGGUCAAUUUUAAAAAAAAAAGGUUUGCCAAGAAGUCUUGCUUGUGAAAUAUGGCAAGGCUCUUUGGCAUUCUAAGUAACACUGCAAAUAGCCAGAGUGGUUAUGGAGGGACAUCGUGGUUGGGAGCGGGCUUUUUUCUUCUUGGCAAUUGUUCCAUCUGCUAUUCUUAAUGCCAGGAUUUUUGCUGGGCUGGUGAAUAAUAGAUUUCACUUUCUGUUUCCUCCCUCUUCAUUUUCUGACUUCCAGUUAUAGAUGUCAACUGCUUUGCUUCGAGCCCAGCAUUCUUCCGAAGCAAUGUCUUGCAUUACCAUUUAUCUUGUUCAUCUGCACAGGAAGAUUCUGCACAUGGUACAGAUGCUUAAUUUCAGGUGCUUUGCUCCCCUUGGUAGUGAGAAGCCAUCAAAAGUUCCUAAUUUUGAUUUACUGUUCUGUCGUUGGAUGAUCUCAAGCAGGCAAAGCCAGAAUUUGUUGCUCAUUCCUAAUUGUCAUGGAGAACAUAGCAGAGAGCCGUUGUCUUAAACCAGCUGUAGACCACACCCACAGCGCAAUUAGGGAAAAGUCCUAUUACCAAGCCUUACUGUGCAACAUUCAUCUAACUCUUCAAUCUCCAAAGAAAAUACUCAUUAACCCAGUCUAAAUGCUGUGGUAACUGAGGCUGCUAAGCUAGAACGAGUGCACUGUCUAUCUAGCAAGAUGAAAUAAAACGAAACCUGAGUUAUAGUGAAAGCUACUUCAAAAGGUGCAACAGAGACCUGGUUAUCCCACUGCUUCCUCGGAGGAGCUUCAAUGAUGAGAGAAAAUAUAGAGCAAAAUUCAAAAUGUAAAAGCAGACUGCUGAAAUGCAGGCAGCGUUUGAAAGGAGAAAGGAGGUAAAUUUUUUUUUACACAAGAUCCUUUGCCUGAGUUCUGGCAAAUACUGGUAGUUGAAUGUUCAAAACCAGCUUGUAAACAUCAAGGUAGAGACUUUUAAUGGUCUUGGUGGCCGACAUGGACGCUUGAUUUGGGCUCAAGGACCACCUCGCAACAAGAUAAAGUAACAAACGACAUCACUAAAGAAUUCAUAUUAGCUAACAUUUGUUUAUUUUAAAAUGUUACAAACUAUAUAUGUGUAUAUAUAUUUAUUUAUUUCACUCCAUAAUUAUCCAAUAUAUAACCAUUUUAGGUGUAUAUUUUCAGAUUCUAAUGUUCAUUCAUAUUUAUACACUUAAAAUCAUUAACAUCAUCACGAUUAUUCUUUGGGCCUUGAAAUUUUUAUGCCAUAAUUGCUGAAAAGCUAGAGUCGGUUUUUACGUGCGGUCCAUGAAAAGUGAUGGGUUUCAAGCCUUAAGUCAAGAAGUUGAUGUUUACAUGAUUAUUUACAGUAAUAUGGAUCAUCAGAAGUUUGGUUGUUUUGUUGUUGCCCAUGAUAAUACUUGUAUCAUUAAAAGCAGAUAAUAAACGUGUAGCAAUGAGUUAAACAGUUGAUGCAUUUUAACUCGUACUGGAAAAAGUUAUAUACUGCAGACUGCUUUCUGUAAUAUUUUUAAAACCAUUGUGCCAGUGUACUGAGCAUGCGUAUUAGUUUUUGUUGUUGAAACCUUUAAAGGUGUCAUUGAAUGUGGUGUAGUUGGCUGUUUAGCUGCAGUGCUACAACUGAUUAGUGUCUUUGGGAACUGGGCCUCCCCACUGAUGUAGAGUCAAGAUGAAAUGGAGAUCACAAACAGGGAAAAUAGAGUCAGUAAAAGUAACGAGUUGCUUCACUGAGAACUAUCUUUUAAUCAACAGCUUUUAAGAUUGCAGUGGAUUGUUGUGUAUUGAAUGGGUUGAUUGGCACUGCUGGGUCUCUUAACAAGGAAUGGGGGAAAUCUGAGGAACUUCAAAUAAGUUACAAGAGAUUGUGGGGAGGUCAGAAUAGGGGAAUGUGUCUAUGAUACAGUGAUCAUAAAUGGACUCUGGAAAUUGUUCUAAAGGGGCUGGAGGUUUUUUCUUACUUCCAAUCGUUGUUUAUGUGGAGUGGAAUGGAGCACAAUACCAACCAUUGGAUUUUGAGUUGGUCAGUUGGGACAGUAAUAGACUUGUCACCCACUGCAUUAGAGUGGUUGGGCAUGUUUAUGGUGCGACUGGCAAAUUGUUCUCACACCGUUAGAAAUCCCUCCAUAAGGCAGAAGCUUAACCAAACAACCCUGAAGACAAACGGAGCUAAAAUUAUCAUCUUUAACUCAUUGUCUGGAUUUUUUUAAAUGCAUGGUUCAUUUUUAAAAGUAUUAUUUUGAAUGUGCUGUCCAUUAUAAUUAGAUGGUGAGUCACAUGUGCAUUGUUUAUAUGGUCACUUAUUCUUAAAAUCAGUGUUGUUUUCAGUCCCAUCAGAAUCCUGUGACCUAUGAGGGUGCUGCAUGUAUUCAGUACACACAAUAGAGGCAUCUAUUGAUCACCCCCCAGCCCCUGCACAAAUGGUUAGGGCACCGUUGUCGCUCCAAUAUCCAGCCAAACUGUAGCAGGUGCUUGAAUGGUGGUCCAGACCUGUCCAAGUGCCUCUCAGUGGGAUUUGGGUCUGCCAGUGCUUCAUGAUUCUGUAAUGGAUGUGGCAGGUGUGGAAAUGCCAGCUGGAAAGGUGCGAGAGGUGGACCAGAUCUCAGUCUUGUAGUUUAUUGUAAAUAUCCAAUUGUGUUACAUGCACCAUCACUUUCUGACCUGCCCCAGUAUGGGAGGGGCACAUCCUCUGCCUCCAGUCUUAUAGCACCAACCAUUUCGUCUCUUCUUAGCAACUGAACUUUUUAAUCUUUCAAGUGCCUUUGGCUAAAGCCAUUUAAAUUCAAACCAUUAUUGGCCUUUGCACCUUUUUUUUAAUAAAAAAUACUUUGGACAUCAAUCACUUAGUAAAUUGUUUCACAACAAAGGAGGGAAGAAAUUUGCUGUAGCCUAAAACAAUCAGUAAAUGUUGAGAGUCCUCAUCACACCCAGAAAGUUGGCAUAUAUUGAAAUCCUCUCUGUAUGUGUGGUUGGAAAGAGGUGUGAUGGAGAGUGUGCAAAGGUGUUGAUCGGAUCAUAAGAAUGUAGGAUGAUGAGUAGGCCAUUCAGCCCCUGAAGCCUGUUCUGCCAUUUACUGAGAUCAAGGCUGAUCUGUGACCUAUACCUGCCUUUGACCCAUAUUCCUUACUCCCUUAACAAAAAUAUGUCUAUGUCAGAUUUAAAUUUAACAAGUGAUCUAGCACCCACUGCCAUUUGUGGAGGAGAAUUCCAAACCUCUACCCCCUUUGUAUGUAGAAGGGCUUCUUAACAUCACUCCUGAAUGGUCUGACCUUAAUUCUCAGACUAUGCCCCCCUAGUUCUAGAAUUCCCAACCAAUGGAAAUUCUACCUUGUCUUUUCCUGUUAAUACCUUGAAGACUUUGAUCAGAUUCUCGAAAAAUCUGGCCUAAUUUGUAUAAUCUCUCCUCAAACUUAACCCCUGACAUCCAAGCAUUAUCCUUGUAAAUCUAUGUAUACUCCUUCCAAGAUCAAUAUAUCCUUCUUUAAGUGUGGUGUCCACAUCUGCUCAGAGUAACGACAAACAAUGUGAAAUGAGUAGUGUGGAGUUGGGAUAUGAGUGGAGUUAAUGACACAGAGUUUGUGUUUAACCAGAAUCGGUCACGUGUCAUCUGGGAUACUGCUGUUUAUUAAUGAUGUGCCUGAGGUAUUACCAGGAGUUAGUUAUGUGGAGUCAGAGCUGUUACCGAGAGUAGUGACAGGGUUUAACUGGUAUUAAUGAAAUAGCUUCUGGGUGUUGUUUAUGUGCAGUCACAUAUUACUGAGAAUAGUGACUGAAUGCCGAGGAUAUAAAUGAUAUGGAGUUUGGGUAUUAGAGGUUAGUUACGUGGUGUCAGGAAUAUUACUGACAGUGACAGGGAUUAGAGGAAAUAUGGUGGGUUAGAGACAUGUAGUCUUAAGUAUUACUAAUGAUUGUGGUUAUAAAAUACAAGCUAUCAGAAAUAGAAUUUAUAUUGCAAAAGUUUAUAUACAGAUUGCUUAUCUAAAAUUUACAUUGGAUUUAACAUUAGAAAUGUUAUCUAUGUAUUUGUCAAUCUCAAGUGCUUGUAAAAGUAGAGAUGGAUGGACUGAAGGUAGUCUCCAGUGUUCUGCCAAGAUAUUAGUUUGCAGGCCAGGUGAUGUGAAAGUGACAAAGUUAUUGCACUAUUAACUUUAAAGUCUCAGUGAAUUGAGGUUUCUUUUAUACUUUUUUAGACUCAUAAGUUCUGUUUGGAAUCAAUUUUCCUAUUUUUAAUCUUACAGUACAUACAGCAGGAUCUAAAUAGUUGGAAUGCAAUAACGGGCUAGUAUGCCAUAUUGCCAUUGUUGAGACUCCUCAGUCUCUUGCCACACUAACCAUAUCCAAUAGAACUCGGUAUGCUUUUAGUGCAUCAUUCAUUCCAGAGCCUGGGUGUGUUGGCUCUCUGAAAGAGAUAUCAAUUUCAUGUUUUACCUUAUCUUUUCCUUUGAUUAAAUAUAAGUAUAUAUCCGAUUCCUUCCUGAGUUGAAUCUGCAUCCCAGGCCUCAGAAGACUAGCCAAAGUGUCAAACCAGGCACAUGGUGCUGACUCAGUUAUGUGAACCUGAGCCAGGUGACAGGGGGAAUGAUGUACUGAAUGGGUUGCUGUGUGCAGGAGCUUAGACUGGAUCCACUGCAGUGCAAUUUACUGAUUUAGCUAAUGAGUUGGAAAAGUUGGCUGCAGACUGUUAUCAAUGUUACUGUGUGGAAUAAUUGCUGUAAGUGUGGUUGAGAAAAAAAGUCUAUCUUCUUACUGUGUACUGCUGCACAAUCCAGCAGUUUGGAUUGUGGAAGUUAUUGCGCAUUUACAUCAUUUGUACAAGGCCCAUGUCAGGUUGGAGGUUUCCUUCACUGUGCUGACUGUGCAUUACAGUCUGCUGCUGCCAUUGGGAAUCCUUGAGCUCUGCUUUCAGAAUGCCAUGGUUCGAUAGUCUUUGCACCUACAUCUGUGGCAUGAACCCAGGAACCACAGUUUCUUUGUUAUGUUACAAAAGGAUGAGAGAGAAUUUGAACAAACAAGCCUGUGUUAGCACAGGAGUGUUUGGAUUGACUAGUAGCGGAAACGCCACUAUUAUAGUUUAUAAUCAGUGUUCUAGAAUGAGACUAUUGCACUUUUUUUAAAAAAAAUUCAUUCAUGGGAUAUGCAUGUCACUAGGCCAGCAUUUAUUAGGCAGCUAUAAGUGUGGUGCAAAUAAAACCAAUAUAAAUUUCUACAGGUUAUUUAUCGUGCACAAUGAUGCUGGUUCACUAAUGUAUCAAAUAUUGCUUACUUAGUGGAAUAAUCCGUCUCUUUCCAUUAGUUUUACACAAAAGGCAGAGGCUAGUUAGUAAACCUGUCUAACUUAUUUUUGAAAUUUAAGUGAUGCCUCAUGUCAAACAAAGGCUAUAACGUGAGCAUUCAGCUCUGGAAUUAAAACAACGCAAGUGUCUGUGUGGUUUUACUUUAGAUGUGUAUGAUGCAAAUGUUUACUAAACAGUCAGAAAACAAAAUAAAUGCAGUGAUAAAAGCAACUGUUGCUCACACUGAAGUGUUGGGUUUGAAGCUUUACAGUAGAAUGCUUUUGUUUGUAUUUUACAUCUUUACCCACUUGUGGAAUGUUUAUCAUAAAUAAGCAGGCGCCUUCAUGUUACAAAUAAAGCUAAUGUUUACAAUUAAA